AUGGAUAGUUCGCGUUCAUCUUUACCUAAUGUUGAUCGAGCUAAUUCGACACUAUUUAAACGUUAUCUUGAAGAACAACAUAAAUCAGUAGUUAAAUCGAAUGAUUAUCAACAUAUACCACUUCCUAUUAAUUCAACAAUACAAAUAACACAUACCCAUCGACAACAUCAAGGCACUUAUAUAUCGAAACCUAAUGAUAGUAAUAAUCAUACAGUUACAGCUAGCCGAAAAUAUUCCAAUGGACGAAAAUCAUCAGUUGAUAUAUCUAGACAACGUUCAUCUCAUACAAGUCGAUUUAUGAAACGUUUCCAACGUCAACAUAAAAGUCGAGAUACAGUAACAAAUGUACAAAAACGAGAUGCAAGACCACGCUUUGAAUUUCAUGAUAUUUCGUCAACAACCAAACAAACUCGAAAUGAUCAAAAAACGAAUUGUACAUGUGUUACUUUAUCUGAUGUAAAUGGACCCAAUGAUCAUCAUCUCCAUCAUUCUUCUCCGAUCAAACGUAUGUCAGUACCACGUCUUUCAUUGAAUGAACGUUUUCAUUCGUCUUCACAACAUCGACGGCAGCCAACAAUAAUACCAUCAUCAUCAUCAUCACCAUCUAAGCCUCUUCAAGCAUCAUUACCAAUGUUACCACCAAUAACAGAUAAACCUAUAGAGCCUAAAUCUGUUCCAAAUCUAUUGCAUCCAAUCGAACAAAAUUUGCCUUCAUCACCGUCCAUUGAACCAGUAACACCUAUAAAUACUGAGACUGAUACAUUAUUUCUUCUUGACUCUCCAACAGCAAAUUUACCAAACGAAUAUUGGCCUAUGAUUAACGAUUAUUUAGAAGAAUUGUCAGUGGAAAUGAGUGAUAACAUCGAUGAUGAUAUUCUUGUAGAAAUUGAAGAAUCGCUUGCACAACGUAUUUAUGAUUGUAUUAUUGAACAAGAUGAUGAAUUUGAAUAUGAUACUAAAUCUUAUUCAACAACAACCAAUGAUUCAUCUGCUUUAUCAGCACCACCAUCACAACAACCAAAAUCGAAUAAUUUAGUUUCUCAUGAAUCAAAUAAUAUACCAGCAUCACCUAUAUGUACAACUGCUAGAAAAAAAUAUUUUCAACCCAUUUGCGAACAACCACCAACACCAUUUAACGAUCUUCUCGACCGGCAUCAACAUUCAACGCCAUUCAAUCCUGUAUCGAAUCAGAUACAAAAUGAUAUUCGAUCGCCAUUUGUUCAAUCUUUGUUUGAGCCAGUAAAUCUUUUACGAACAGUUACAACUAGUGAUAAUGAUGAUUUUAAUUUUUUUCCUUCAUCACUUUCAUUUGAAAAUCAUCAAAAUUUAAACACAGACUUUAAAGUGUUUCAACAACAAGAAAAUCAAUCUAAAAAUGAAUUGUCAACAAAAUCUCAGCAGCAUCAUUCAUUACCAUUUUUAAAUCAUCUUCUUCCGCCUCGACCAACUCCAAUUGAUAGUAAUAUUUCUUCAGCAUUUAAACCUAUUGAACCAGCUAAUACACGAUCGACAACAUCAUUUGCAUUGAAACGACCUCAAGCUAUUAAUAGUUCAAUUGGAACAAAUUGGUUCGGGCAAAGUUAA